UUCCACUUUACUAGAAACGAAAGUGAUUUCUGCUUCCUGUCUCCACAAGUGGUUGUUUGUUCCAGCAGAAUGGCAGAGGCUACUUUUUCAGUAUCUCAGGAUCAGUUCAGCUGUCCAAUUUGUCUAGAUCUGCUAAAGGAUCCAGUCACUCUUCCCUGUGGACACAGUUUCUGUAUGGACUGCAUUACAGGCUGCUGGGAUCAGGAAGAGCUGAAGGGAAUCUACAGCUGCCCACAGUGCAGACAGACCUUCACUCCAAGGCCUGUUGUUGGCAAAAAUACCAUAUUGGCUGAUAUGAUAGAGAUGUUCAAAAAGACAGCAAUCAAUUCUGUUUCCCUGUACCCAAACUAUGCUCGACCUGGAGAUGUGGAAUGUGACGUCUGCGUUGGAAGAAAACGAAAGGCAGUCCAGUCCUGUCUGAUGUGUCUGUCCUCUUAUUGUGAAACUCACCUCAGAGUUCACAAUGAUCUCAACCCAGGGAAGAGACACAAAGUGGUUGAUGCUGCUGGUAAACUAGAAGAUCUGAUCUGCUCUUGUCAUGAUAAACUACUGGAGGUCUUCUGCCGCACUGAUCAGACAUGCAUAUGUGUGCUGUGUGUUAUGGAUGAACACAAAGGACAUGAUACAGUUUCCGCUGCGGCAGAGAGAAUGGAAAAACAGAAACAGUUGGAGGAGAGCUGCAGAAAAACCCAGCAGACAAUCCAUGAGAGACAUAAGCACCUGGAGCAGAUGAAAGAGGCCAUUAAGUCUCUUAAGCACUCUGCUCAUGCAGCAGUGGAGGACAGUGAGAGGAUGUUUACUGAAAUGAUCCGUUCCAUUGAGAGAAAACGCUCUGAGGUGACCAAGCUGAUUAGAGAUCAGGAGAAGGCUGAAGUGAGUCGAGCUGAAGAACUCAUGGAGAAACUGGAGAAGGAGAUUGCUGAGCUGAAGAAGAAAGAUGCUGAGCUGAAGCAGCUUUCACAAACAGAGGAUCAUACAAGCUUUCUCCGGAGUUUUCAGUCUCUGUGUUCUUUGACUGACCCAGAGGAUUCAUCAUCCAACAUCAGUUUCUGUUCAGAAGUGUCAUUUGAGAAAAUGAAGGAACAUUUGUCUCAGUUGAAAGAUAAAUGGGAAGAUUUACUUAAGGAUGGAGUAGACCAGAUUUCUAUCAAGGCAAAAGUGAUAAGAAUAUUACAUCCCAGUGAGCUCUUGACCAGACAAGACUUCUUAACAUACCUGUGUCAACUCAGUCUAGAUCCCAACACAGCAAAUUCCAAUCUUACUUUGUCUAAUAAUAAUAAGGAAGUUACUUGUAAAAGUGAGAUACCUUCAUAUCCUGACAAUCCAGAGAGGUUUGACUAUUGGCAACAGGUGCUGUGUAAAGAGGCUGUGACUGGAAUAUGCUACUGGGAAGUGGAGUGGAGCCUGAGAGUUUUUGUAUCAGUAUCCUACAAAACGAUCUGCAGGAAAGGAAACGGGUUACAGGCUUGGUUUGGGUACAAUAUGCACUCUUGGAGUUUAGACUGCUCAACUAGUGCAAGCUCUGUCAUACACAAUGGAAAGGUGACUCAACUCAAUGUUAUUCCCAGCAGAAGAAUUGGAGUGUAUGUGGAUCACAAUGCUGGAAUUCUGUCUUUUUACAGCAUCUGCAGUGACAAAAUGACCCUCCUGCACAAAGUCCAGACCAUAUUCACUCAGCCGCUCUAUCCUGGUUUUUGGUUAAAUCUUAACGAAAAAAUAAACCUAUGCCAUUAGGUAUGCCAUUUUUUUUGGUUUGGAUGUCAGGGGUAGAACAUGAUGAGCCUUUUCAGGGGUAGAACAUGAUGAGCCUUUUCCAUCUACUUGUACCCAAAAAUGCCAUCAAUAUGCAGCUUCAUUUCUGACCCUGACUUGCCUUCACGAUAACCCGUCUCAGUCAACUGCAUAUUGAUUCACUUCAAGCAUGUAUUUGUUGUCAAAUAAAGCAGGGCUCUACACAUAACAUCGUAAUUUUUAAGGAUACAUGUUCUUUGGUUGAUUGGUUCAUAUACAUGUUUAUUCAUUUUAAUGAUCUGAUUCAUUGUUCUGUAUACCUGUCUAAUGCAUUCAUUUCAAGGCAAAUUGCAAAUGCAUAAAUUGUCAAAUCCAUAAACUAAAGCCAUCAUGUGGCAUGUGAGUGCAUUGAACUGACCCAUCAAUGUUUAUGCUUAGAAUGUUGCUCAUGGCAUGGCAUUAGGCAUGAAAAUAGUACAUUUUACGAUUUUUAUUGGACAGUGUUUACAUUGACUACAUAGGCUACUGAUAGCGCCAGUCUUACUUGUACUGAUAUCUUGCAUUGCAUACACCAGAGUGACAUUACUUUGGCCAAGAUCUACACUAUCUGACUGCCCUUGUUAUGUAAAGCAAAUGAUCAAUGUUGCCAUUUGAAGAAUUUGCAGCUCUUGAAACUGGUCGUUCUUUUGAGUCCUCAGACCUUGAUAUUGUCAGAUGUAUAGUAUAUAUUACAUGGCAAUUCAUACCGCCAUGUUCAGAGGAAAAGUCUAAUCUGAGUUCUUGUCAUUUGAGCGCAUAACAAACAAAGCUCAACAACCUUUCCAAAUGAUUAGUGUAGACCUACGUAAUAUCAAUCUUGGUUGUGCCUUGUUUUAUGCUGAAAAGUGAAAAUCAGUGACCAUGAGGGUCACCCAGCAGAUGGCAAUAUUUGUCAGCUUGUGUAUUGCUCCUUUAAAGCAGCAGUUUUGUCUAGAAGUAACAUAAAACUACAUAAAAGACCAACUCCAACAAUAAACUGAUAAAAGCUUGUGUUGGUAUGCUAAACUGCUGUAUUUUGGUGUCAUAGCUGGUGAAAAUAUAUUGGGAAAGCAUGUGUUACAUUUUUACAGGGUGGUCAGACCUGAAUCACAGCAGUACAGAGGGCUGUGUUUAUCUGUCCUUUGUCCAAACAUGACCAUAUAUCCUAAAAAUUAUUUGAAGAUGAUACCAAACUAGUUGCCCAUAAAAAUGUAUCACGUAAAAAGUGGCAUAUCAUUGUAUCCAUGUGGAUCAUAUACUGAGUGAUAACAAGCAUCUGUGAAGUUAACCAAGGUGGUUAGAGUAUUGUGGAUGGCAAAGGCCACAACACUGAACAGUGCCUGCAUCAGCCAUUUCCAUUCAUCUUUUGUUUUUUGUUUCAUUUUGAUUUUUAAAAUCAAAAUGACAGUGUGUAGCCACUUUGUCUUUGUUUUUUUCUUUUGUGGAUUUUUUUUAGUUUUUUCCUUGUAAACCCAUCCAGAUGUUCACAAUGUCAUUCAAAUUUCAGUAUAAAAUAAUUGUCAUAGUGCAAAAAAAAUGCUUUUUGGAUUACACUUGAUAAUGAACACUGACUUCAAUAGAUUAUGUUUAUUUGAAGAUCAAAGGCCAUUUAAAUGAGGGAACAUUCCAGGUACAUUUAAUUUGACAUUCAAAGGAGCCUUAUUGGUCACAGUUUUGGCCCACUUAUCUAAUUUCACAAACAGGCACCCAAUACCAUAGAGUUCCUUUGAAAAAGGUAUAUAAACUUCAAUUAAUCAACUACCACUAGAUAUUUAUGCACAACUGGAAGCUAUACAUAAAUCAGUUGUAGAUUCUGUUUUUAUUUGCAUUUUACACAACGUCCCAACUUUUUCUGAUUUGGGGUUGUAUACAAGGAUAUUAAUAACCGGGUUUCUCUGUGUUCAUGUAAACACCAAAUCCCCAAUAUGAUCAAAACCGGGACAAGCCUAAUAACUGGGAUACUGAAGUGAAUGUAAAU